AUGACUGCAAUUGCCAAGAAUAUCAAGGUGGCCCUCCUCCAGUUUUAUGCCGGUGCAAAUAAGGCCGAAAACAUCAAGAAAGCCACAGACUUUGCCACAAAAGCUCUAAAGCAACAUCCAGAUUUGGACCUUUUAGUUCUUCCCGAGUGCUUCAACUCUCCAUAUGCCGUCGACCAGUUCAGGAAGUACUCCGAGUCGAUUCCGGACGGCGAGACAACUAAGGCAUUGUCGCAGUUUGCCAAAGAACAUGGCGUUAAUGUUAUCGGAGGCUCAUUUCCAGAGCUAGGAGAUGACGGAAAUGUGUACAACACGUCGCUUUCAUUCGACAAAACGGGCAAAAUCGUUGCCAAGCAUCGUAAGGUGCAUCUCUUUGACAUAGAUAUACCGGGAAAGAUGACAUUUAAGGAGUCCAGCUCACUCCAUUCGGGAAAUAAAGCCACCGUUUUCGAUUUGCCUGGUUUGGGCAGGUUUGGCUUGGCUAUUUGCUACGAUAUCCGGUUCCCAGAACUAGCUAUGAUUGCAUCGAGGUCUGGUGCAGGGAUUAUGUGCUAUCCAGGAGCAUUUAAUACUGUAACCGGUCCUCGUUUUUGGACUAAGUUUGGUGUUGCAAGAGCCAUCGAUAACCAGGCUUACGUCAUCCUCUGCUCACCUGCCAGAAACCCUAACGGUGGUUAUCAGGCAUAUGGCCAUUCCAUGGUGGUUGAUCCAAAUGGUGAUGUUGUUGUUGAGGCCGGCCAUAAUGAGCAAAUUGUUUAUGCUGAGCUUGAUCCUUCAGUUGAAAAAGAUGCCAGAACUGCCAUUCCUCUAUCAACCCAGCGGAGAUUCGAUAUAUACCACGAUGUUUCCGUGGAUGCAAAGAAGGGUGCUUUGUGA